UGUCAUUAGCACUAAAGUUCAAAGGUCAACGUUAGUGAAAACACCUGUAAAAGACAAAAUGGAUCACUUGGCGAAGCUUCAAAAGAGCAUUGACGGCAUGAAGGCCAUGUUCGAGUCGCGGAUGGCCUCUUUUGAGAGUUCUGUGGCCACCCAGGGGACAGAAGCGCUGCCAGGCGAGUACAGUGCAUUUAAAGAUUUUGUUUGCAAAGCUGUGUCGAGUCUCCAAAAUCAAAUGGAAUUCGUGUCGAGAACCCUUGAGGACAUGGAGUCUCGUUCCCGAGCCGGUAUUCUUCUCCUUCAUGGUGUACCUGAGGCGCAAGGUGAAGACACUUCAGCUGUAGCGGUGGACAUUCUCCAACAGACCUUAAAGGUGGAGGGAGUAACUCUCAUGGGUUGCUAUCGGCUGGGAAGCAAUUUGACGCCAUCAAAGCCCCGGCCUAUCCUUCUUAAGUUCAGCUGUCACAGGAUUAGAGAUGCAGUCUGGGCCGCUAAGAAGUUGCUGAAAGGCUCAGGUAGAACUCUGUCUGAGUUUCUCACUAGCACCCGGCAUGCAGUAUUUCUGGAGGCCCGCAAGCGGUAUGGCGUCAAGGGCAGUUGGACGAGUGAUGGGCGCAUAGUAGUGCAGUGCCACGACGGGGUGCGCCGCAAGGUUGUUACGCUGGCGGAGUUGGAGGCGUUACCGGCCCCGGCUUGUGCUACUGAAGCCGUUGGAGGAGUGCGGUCAGAGUCGGCAGAAGUGGCGGGAGUGAAGGCAUCAUCGGCGGCGGUUGCACCGAGACCAUCACGCCAAGCGAGGUCUGCUGCGGGCCGCGGUGUCGGCAAGCGUUGA